UUUCAAAAUAAAAUAUUCCCGACGUAUUUAUAAGUCAAUUAGACACGAAGAUUUAGUGUUUUUGAUCUCAGAAAGAAAAUGGUGAAGGAUCGGAAGGUAGGUGUGGCGAUGGAUUUCUCCAAGAGCAGCAAGGCUGCUUUGCAAUGGGCAAUCGAUAACUUAGCUGACAAAGGUGAUACGUUCUACAUCAUCCAUAUCAAAUCUCCUUCCGGUGAUGAGUCCCGUAACAAACUCUGGACCACAUCUGGCUCUCCCUUGAUUCCGUUGGUGGAGUUCCGUGAGCCGGAAGUGAUGGCCAAGUACGACGUGAAGACGGAUAUUGAUGUUCUUGACAUGCUUGACACCGGAGCUAGACAAAAAGAGAUUCAUGUCGUGACCAAAUUGUAUUGGGGAGAUGCAAGGGAGAAGCUAAUUGAAGGGAUUGAAGAUCUAAAGCUGGAUACAUUGGUCAUGGGAAGCAGAGGACUCACAGCUCUUCAGAGGAUAAUAUUGGGAAGCGUGACAAACUAUUUGAUCACUAAUGCACCUUGUCCCGUCACCAUUGUCAAAGACAAGCACUAAUCUUGUUGAUUAAUACUAUCAAUAACUCAUACAUGGAGUAUUAGUACCCCAUGUCCAUGCUUCCUUUAAUCUUCAAUCAUUUUCUUUUUAAUUUUAAUCUCUACGUUAUGUAGUGUGGCAUGUAAAACCAAAACAUAAUAUAUAUCAUUAUUCAACUUGUUUUUAAAGAUUAUAAUCGAGUUACAACUUACAAGCCCAG